AGACACACACACACACAUGGACCGUGUGACCCACUGCGCAGACCAUCUCUCCACACACUGCGCUGGUCGGCACACGAGGGGUACCUACGGGUACCCACUCCUUCUUUGGUUGGGAGAAGGCGAUAACCCUCUACAAAGAGUUUCCGUGACAUUAACAUACGUGCAGGUGUUGAUAUUAUCUACAGUUUAGCUUCUUUUACCUCUUCGUACCACUUAUUGAUUUCUCCCUCUUGUUUUUAUACUCGCGGUCUUCACUCGAAUUACAGUCCACUUGACUGUCCUUUUACGUUUGAUCGGAACUGGACGUUCAUGUUUGGUGACCGUUUAAAUCCGUUUCUCUCUUCCUUUCGACAUCAACGAAUUGCCUGCUCACAAACGCGCCCGUCUGCCGCCUUGUACACGCGUCCGACUGUCGUUGUUAUUAUUGCUAUUUUUGUUGUUCUCUUCUGUUUUACGUCAGUGAAAUCUUGAAACCCAAACAGCGACGACCACCACCACGACAGAAACGGACGAAGAGAAGAGAAACAAAAGUGCCUCAGCUCUCUCUCCUACGCGUACGACUGUCGAACACGUUUGCAUGCGUCAGUUGCAUACGUUAUGCGAAAGCACAACUGGCGGCCAUCAAUCUCUGGAUUCGCUGCUCUGUAGAUGCCUGCACGGAGCGAUUCGCCUGUUCGCUUUACUUUUCAAAAGCUCUCUUUUUGGCUUUUGAAAUGCAUGAUCUGCGUCCCAUUUUCUCUCCUCCUUUUCUUCGAUCUGCGCACCGUUUCAAAUUCUGCCUCCCAAACUCCUCAGUCUUUUGAUACACACCGACACACCAACGAAACAUAGAUUUCUUUCCCUUUAGAUUCACCUUUGCGCUGUGCGUCAAGCAGUUCUUUUCCCUUUGUAUUUCUUUGGAUUCUCAUCCACCUAGACGCAACAGUGCGCAACUGACCAAUUAUAUUCGCUUUCUCAUAUAUAUAUAUAUAUAUAUAUAUAUACAUAUAUAUAUCCUUCUUUGUCUGUCAAGAAUUCCUUUUGUCUUUGUGCCGUGAUUCACCUUUUGUUCGCUUCCCCACCAUCUUUUUUCUGUGUGUACCACUACAGCGCUUGUGUUUCUUCUCCCUUACUUCCUUCUCGCCGUGGUUUCAUCGCACGUGGGUCUAGUUCCUUCGUUUCGUCGCUCUGUGAUGUGCGCUGUUGAGCUUUUUUGUUUUUGACGGCUGCUUUCUUGGGUUGCACUGCCUAGAUUAUCUAAGAGAGGGGUCUGUGAACUGCCCUUACAUCGCCGCACACGGAACAAUUUAACCCCCUUUCCCCUGUUCAUUUAUUUAUUUUGUAGAUAGAGCCGGUGGCCGUUCACCCCCCGCCACACGCUGGCACUCCGUCGCCCCUAUAUAUUUUCCUAGACAUCGCACUCUGUCCUUCUUCUUUUGUACAUUUAGUUGUAGGGCACCAUGCAGCAGGACCACCAGCAGCAGCAGGCGACUUCCUCCGCCAUGGUCAGCGAGCCGCAAUUCGCGACGGUCACCUUUGUUGGGGAGGACAACGUGCCUGGCAGCACCUUCCGUGUCCCACUGUGCAGCACCACUUCGGUGAGCCGACUUGCUAAGGAUGCGAUGAAGCGGCUGGUGCUGUCGCGUCCCAGCGAGGACCGACACCGUCAGUUCCCCGCCAUUGUCGUCACGGAGGUGUACGUCGGCGGCACUGGCACGCAGCCGAAAGCCGAAGUGUUCGCGCAGGAUGUCGUGCUACAAGUGGUGCGGGUGCGGGAGGAAAUUAUUUAUAUGAAGCUGCGGACGAGUCCUUCCUCAGCUGUGCCAUCGCGACGCCCGAGCCCGCCCCCGCUGUCCGAGGCGACGCAGAGGAGCACCGUUGCGGACGCAAACGUCGAUGCGACGGCUUCUGGAGACCCAUCAGAGACCGCUGUGGCAAGGCAGAACGAAGAUGCGAAGAAGGAUAGCAAAGAGAGCGCAGCUGCUGCGGCUUCCGGACAUUCUUCUGCCGUGCAAGCACAGCCGCCUGUCAGUCGGGAAGGCUCCGCGGCCCCUGCGACGCGACCCACGUCUUCUGCCAUCACUGAAGUGAAGAAAGAAGCAACGCAGCCGGUUGCUGCAAGCGGCACUGCUGUUGCGCACCCCAAGCGUCCAGGCUGGGGGCCAGAGGCAUACGAGCACUUCGCCGACAACUACGUCUCCACGCCAGGCAAGCGCCCCCGCCACGACGUUCGCAGGCUCGCCGCCGCUGCAACAGCAGCCGAGCGGCACGACACCAAGAAGACGAAAGCGGAGCCGAAGUCGAAGCCAACCGAGACGACGACCACCACAACUGCCAACGAACAAGAGACGAUGCGGGGGCUGCGCUGGGGCCCCGAGGCGUCCAAAAGUUUCCCUUCCAACUACGUGAGCUCACCGGAGAAGCUGGCCCGCCUCGCGCGGCAGCAGCAGCGACGCAUCGCUAGCAAGGAAACGGCGCAGUCAGCAGCAGCGCCACCUCCAACAGCACCUGAGCCGAAAGCCGGGGUGGCACGCGAGCUCGUGUACCCGGUGGAGCAGCAGGAGGUGGGCCGCACGACGGUGGGUCACCCUGUCGAGCGAGAGGUUAUAACGGUAGAGGAGGACACCGCGUCCGCGACGCCUGCGGUGGGAUUGCCGAAGGGGUGGGGCGCCGAGUCGCUGCGCUACUUCGACCCCAACACGUACUGCGAUGAUCCCAAAAAGGCCCGGCUGAUGCCCAACAUGGAUCUUUCCCGCUCUAUUCGCCAGCGUCGUCCGGCCUCGCCGUAG